AUGGCCCCCAAAUGCCAGUCCUCGCUCCCACCGCAAACGAAGAAACGGAAACUGGCUCCAGCCCCCAAGCCAGAGAAGAAGCCGACCCCUCCGGACGUGCCGAAGGGAGAAAAAGAACAGCAAGAAGCGAUUGAACAUAUUGAUGAAGUACAAAAUGAAACAGACAGACUUAAUGAACAAGCCAGUGAGGAGAUUUUGAAAGUAGAACAGAAAUAUAACAAACUCCACCAACCAUUUUUUCAGAAGAGGUCAGAAUUGAUCGCCAAAAUCCCAAAUUUGGGGGUAACAACAUUUGUCAACCAUCCACAGGUGUCUGCACUGCUUGGGGAAGAGGAUGAAGAGGCACGGCAUUAUUUGACAAGAGUUGAAGUGUCAGAAUUUGAAGAUAUUAAAUCAGGUUACAGAACUGAUUUUUAUUUUGAUGAAAAUCCUUACUUCGAAAAUAAAGUUCUCUCCAAAGAGUUUAAUCUGAAUGAGAGUGGUGAUCCAUCUUCAAAGUCCACUGAAAUCAAAUGGAAAUCUGGAAAGGAUUUGACGAAACAUUCAAGUCAAACACAGAAUAAAGCCAGCAGGGAGAGACAGCACGAGGAACCAGAGAGCUUCUUUUCCUGGUUUACUGACCGUUCUGAUGCAGGUGCAGAUGAGUUAGGAGAAGUCAUCAAAGAUGACAUUUGGCCAAACCCUUUACAGUACUACUUGGUUCCCGACAUGGAUGAUGAAGAAGGGGAAGGAGAAGAAGAAGAAGAUGAUGAUGAUGAUGAUGAUGAAGAGGAAGGGUUGGAAGAUAUUGAUGAAGAAGGGGAUGAGGAUGAAGGUGAAGAAGAUGAAGAUGAUGAGGGGGAAGAAGGAGAGGAAGAUGAAGGAGAAGAUGACUAAUGAACACUGAUGGAUUCCAACCUUUUUUAAUUUUCUCCAGUCCCUGGGAUGGAUUCCAACCUUUUAUUUUGAUGAAAAUCCUUACUUCGAAAAUAAAGUUCUCUCCGAAGAGUUUCAUCUGAAUGAGAGUGGUGAUCCAUCUUCA